GAAUUUGAACAGCUAAAACUACAGGUGGAUAUGAAAUAGCCAGAAGAAGGGAGCUUGGACUCUAGGCUGGAUAAAAACAAAGCUCUUUCUUUCUACCUGUGAGUUUAUUCCUUACCCCUCCCACUAUUUCCUGUGAUAGUGAGGUAUGGAUAUAUUAAAAAGGAAGGUUUAGCGAAGCAGCAGAUAAAUUACUUCCUUGAUUUAGAGGGAGAUGAAGAAUUGCGAGUGGAGGGCCCUUGGGGUUCCAGCCUACUUUUGUGGAGUUCAGUCCUCUGGGGGCAUCUUAGAAGUGGGUCACCAGUCCAUUCCCAAGAACUUUUCUUAGAGGGAAUUGGCCCUUUAAAAAUAAAACCAACACUGUUUUACGAUGCUUCUGCUAGGCAUGGAAUCUUUUUCAAAAUGCCUUUAGCAGCAUCUAGGGGAGUGUUUUGCUUUUUUUUUUUUUUUUCUCCCUAAGGCAUGUUGGAUGGUUUAAAAAUAUUCCCUGCUUAGUUUCCUGCAGAGUAUCAUGUCCCCGCUGUGCAGUGGCCACAUGUGAGAGAUCCAGGCUGCCACUUGCAGCCGGAGGAAAGAGGCAUGUGAAACCAGCGAGGAAGCCCAGGAAAGCACCCACUGAAGGUCUCCUUUCCACUUGUGGUGUGAAGUAGGAGGCCAUGGGGCAGAAAGAUUCUGUUAGUUUCUUCCUGGACCUUUCUUCUGAGCAUGCAGUGAAAGAGCCCAAACUCAGGGGCUGGGAGGCCUUGUAGCAGACACAUCCCCAUGCUGGGCCUCGGUUUCCUCAUCUAUAAAAUGGGGAAUUUGAAGUAGAAGGUUCCCUCUGGUUCCAUUCAGCAGUAACGGUGUGUAAGGCUGUGAUUCCAUAGGCUCAAAGGCAACUCAGAACCACUGAAAAAGGGAGGCGCAACACAAGAAUUUCUCAUCCUGCUCUGUUGCUCAGUUUUUUCCUUAUUCUCCCUCGCAGUAUUCCAUUAUAAUAGAGGGAUUCCUUGUUCUCACUCCCCAGCAAAUCACUGGGGCUGCUGUUUCUGGAAAAAGGCUCUGGCACAAAGAGGUCCAGCUGGCUGCGUGGGGAGGCAGGGCAGUGCAAAGAGCACCGAACAGGGAGUCAGAAGACCUGGAACCAGCAAAACUGAAGGAGAGAAGAGACCAAGGGGAGCGUGUGGAGGUGCAGCGCCUCUGACUGCUUGGUGCUGUGGCUCAUGGCUGGGAACACCAGCUGGUAUUUAGAGGCCUUCUAACCUGACUUUUACAUCAGCAGGCCAAGCAGCCUCCAUCCCCUCCACCCACUGUCCCCAGAGUCACAGCCAAGCCCAGCCCAGCCCUUGAUUCACUGCUCUCUAGGGACAGCUCUGAACUUUCCACCUUCCUGCCAGGUUGCCCGGCGGCAGAGCUGUUUGGAGCCUGCUCCCCUGGCUGUCCCUCCAAGCCUUUUCCUCACUCAGCACCUGCCAGUGAGGAGUCCCAAUGACCACAGUCUGCAGAGCAGAGAGUACCAGGAGGGGAUUCUGUGGCUUCCAACCCAACACUCUCUGAGCAUCCUUCACCCACACAUGUGACGUUCACGGAGCCACAGCAGUCACAGAAUCAGGCUGCCCUGCUUUGUCUCUGCCUUGGAACUCCAGAGGUGUGCUUGCUGGGCUCCUGAAGCUGGUCACUGUUCUUGCAUCUUAACUGCCUCACUCCUGUCCCCUCUCCUAGUACUGCCUAAGGUCUGAGAACAUUAGAACUGAAAGAGGUCUCUUCCAUUACCAGCCUCCUUCUUUGGCAAAUAAGGAGAACAAGGACUAGAGAAGGGCAUGACUCGUAGGAGAUGACACAGUGAGUCAGGGCUGAUUGAGUUGGGAGAGCACCCUGCCCUGCUCACUCAUACCGAGGGCUCUUCUAAUGUCCAUCCCCCGGCUGGAUUUUCCUAGCCUCCAUCUCUCCCUGAGUCUCCCUGAUUCUUCCACUUGAGUGUCUCUACAAUUCCAUUUUUUGGUAUUGACUCCCACCUGCCCACCUGCUCUUCAUCGUUUACACUGGCUGUUCGUGGGGCACAGGCAGUGGAGGGCGCUGCCACAGUGCCGCCUGGUCUCUCAGGUACUGGCUGACCCCACCUCUUAGGACAGGGGACCUGUCUAUGUGGAUCAAUCAGGACAGGAACUGGAUGACCUGCCGUUUUCAGGGACAGGGAGACCCAAGGCCAAAGCUCUGCCCCCGUCCUAGGGAAGGACUCACUUACUGGGGAUUCCAGUAGCUCUCUGUGUGAACAAACUCCCAUAAGCACCAACCUGGGCUCAAGGGUUGAGCUGGACAAAGGGGAGAGAUGACCAUUUUCCUGGAAAGCUUCAGGGUUCCUGGAAAGGAAGCUGACUUCCUUACUAUUGUUGGAAGCUGCUGGCUCCUGGUGAUGCCAGCUUGAUGCACUUUGAGAAUAAAUUGUUUCUGAUAUAUUAGUAAAUAAUGGGCAAGUAAAAUUUAGUAUUCAACAGUCCACUGAGAGUCAGGAGGUCGCAGAAUGAGAGGUAUUGAAAAAAUCACAGAGGGACCUUAGAGUUUAUCUAAUUGAGGGGUAGGGCCGAAGGAAGAACCUGGGCAUUUGGAGUCACAUUUGGCUAGGAUUUUAGCUGUGUGAUCUUGGGGAAAUUAUUUAAUGUCUCUUACACUCAGUUUCUUCAUCUGCCAAAGAUGCUAAUAAAUAUCUUCCUCAUAAGGUUUUAUGAGGAUUAAAUAUUUUAAAUGGCUAUCAAAUAGAAAGGCUUCCUACAACAUAUAAUUCCAAGGAGGUAUUGCUGGUUUUUUAUGACCACAGAUUUUUUUUUUCUAGGACUCCUUCUGCUGUCCUCUAAGCUGGAAGUCAGAAACUCUGGACUUGCUUCUUGGCUUUGCCACUAACUUGCCAUGCUAUCAGAACUGGGCAAGUCACAGACUCCCCAGAUGUUCUAACUUAGAGAUGGAAGAGCCUCUACACUUUUGUUUCACAUGUGAGCAAAGUGAGGCUCAGGGAGGGGAAAUAUCUUGUCUAGGAUCACAAAGAAACAGCUGGAACCAGAAAAGAGCCUCUCUUCAUGAAAUGAUAACAUUGCAUUUUCACAGGGGAUUUCCCGAAUCUUACUCCAACCUGGCAACUCCAUGAUUCAGAACCUCAGGAGAGGACAGAGGUGGCUAGGGAUCAAGAUGUCCCUUACCCUCAGAUCACAGAGUAGACAACCCCCUCUUUCUCUUCCAAGUAGAACUGAGCCUGCUUCAAACCUCUUAUUGUGAGUGUGCCUUCUGCUUGGUGAUCAGAUUCAAAAGUGCUGCAGCUUCUCAGAAGAGAGGCAUCCCAUGAGGCAUACAUUUUAUAAUAUGGAGCCAUGUGGAGUCCAACUCCAGGCCCAAAAUCUUGAGUUAAGGACACAUUAGGAGGCAGGCUGGACUUGAAACAGGAAUGAGAGUGGCUUAAUUUGAUUGGGCCCUACACCUCCCUGAUUCUCCAGACUUGACCCAGGAGGUCUGGAUGCCUUGUGAGAUAACUAAUUUAUAGACAAAUUCCUAUACUUUCCAUUGUCUGUGUUUUUCCCGUCUCUGACAGUUACCCUCCUUUACCUGUGCCACAUGAGGGUCCUUGCUGUGUCACUAACCAGCCUGAAGCACUAUCAGAUUCUGCAUCAAGUUGGCUAGUUGGAUCAUGUCUGAGAGGAGUUUUUACUGGAAAUGUCAGAAAAGAAAACAAGGAACUAAUAUUAUUGAGUGCCUAUAUGCCAGAUACUGUUCUAGGUGACUCCACAUGUCCACACAUUACGUUAUCCCCAUGAAUAAACAUUCCUAUUUGUUAGAUGAGUUAGAAAUUGGGAGGAUAAGUGACUUGCCUAGGGUUACACUACUAGAGAGUGAUGCAAGCAGGGUCCUAGCCCUACUAGUCCUUAGAGACCGGAAGUUCCUCCGCCUAAUAAUUGCUGUUUCUGUUGUUCUUGUUAUGAUUUCACAUCAAUGGAACACCAGAGCCUGCUGUUUGGCCAGCCAAGAACCGGGCAGUAGACACUGCUGCAGCCAAGAACACUUGCUGGCUAAAAAAGGAAAUAACUUUCUAUAUGUGAAUUCUGGCCAAAUGAUGGCAGAGGCCGAAGAGUCUGGGAAUCCUGACCACUGUGGGCUGAGGGCCCCAAUGUAAUAAUUAAUUCUAGGAACAGCAUAUGUAAGAGAUGGCCAGCCAGUAAGGCAGAAGCUAAAAGGAAAAACGCUGGGUCUCUUCUGAGGCAAGGUAAAGUGGGAAAAAUAGAUGAUGAUAACUCUGAGAGUUAAGAGACUGGAGUUCUGGGCACGGGUUUAUCAUCAUCUAUCAGUCCUAGUCCUUGGUUUUCUUUCUCUUGUCAGAGACGUAGAGAGGAUGUGGGCUUUAGAGUUAGGCUAGCUGGAUUCAAACCCUUUAUGCAGCAUUUGCCAGUUGUGGCACUUAGUACAAGUACUUAGCCUCUGAGCCUCAGUUUUUUCAUCAGUGAAAUGGGGCAAUCCUACUUUCCUUGCAGGGUUAAUGGGAGGGUUAGAAAGUACAGUUAUAAAGGGCUUCACACAUGGGAAAUACUCAAGUUAGUGUUGUUAUCACUAUUACUUUACUUCCUUGGACUCUUGUCAUCUUGUUUAAAAAUAAGGAGUUGAGUUUGAUUGAUCUCUACAUUCCGUUCAGCUCUACUGCACUAUAAAUCUAUGACAAAUGGGGAAAAUAAUAAAGAAAUGUGGGUAUUAUAAUAUAAUUUUCAUUAGUAAUUAAUUGCAUGGGUACUAAGUUACCCCCUUGGAGCAAUUAAUAAGGACCUACCAAUAUUUUGUUGACAUUUAAUAUCUCCAUUUACUACUCCUUUUCAUUCACUUUUCAUAUUUUUUCUUCCAACAGUUUAAGAAAAUUAUUUAUCCUAGCACGAAUCUCUUUCUGCACUUUACUCCCUUCUACUUCCUUGGCUUUGAAACAACUGUCUGCCAGCAGGGUGUCUCUGAGUGGACCCAUCUGUUCUUGCCAGAAUAAAAUAAUUAAAUUUAAAAAGGAAUUAAUUAUCUGCCAUUGGUGCCACUGGCCAGAGUAGGAGGAAGACUGAAGUGAGUACUUCAUCUCACUCAUCUCUUCUCCUCUCUUAUCUCUAUCUUCCUUUCCCCUCUACAAUGAACAAGGUUCAGGGAUGCUGGCCCUCAGUGGACUUCUAAUUCUGAGGAAGGUGCCCACACUGCCCAGCUCAGUAGCUACAGUUACAUCACAUGCCUGAUCAUUUCUCCUGAGGCUGAAGUAGUUACCCCAAAUGUAAAUCAGGAAAAGAAUGAAAAUCCUAAAUGUAAGAAUUAGCACCAGUCACUUACUAUCAACUCCCUAUCCGAACAAUGAUCUCAACGAACAUUCCUGCUUCAAUCAUCUUAUAUAAAAGUGGCCAGCCUUUGACUGGUUAGGAUUUUCCAAAGAAGGAACUUCAAGUGAUUUAGAUAGAGUUUAGCACAGUUGUCAAGGCAGGGACACUGCUGUCAGAUGAGCUGGGAGCUCUUACUAGCAGUGUGAUCUUGCUCAAGUUACCCUCUCUGAGCCCUGUAACAAAAGAUGAGAGGCCAGCCAUGGUGGCUCAUGCCUGUAAUCCCAGCACUUUGGGAGGCUGAAGUGGGUAGAUCGCCUGAGCCCAAGAGUUUGAGACCAGCCUGGGCAACAGGACAAAACCCCAUCUCUAAAAAAAAAUACAAAAAAUUAGCUGGGUAUGGUGGUGCACGCCUGUGGUCCUGGCUACUUGAGAGGCUGAGGUGGGAGGAUCACCUGAGUUCAGGAGGUCAAGGUUCCAGUGAGCUGUGAUUGUGUCACUGCACUCCAGCCUGGGUGACAAAGUGAGACCCUGUCUCAAGAAAAAAAAAAAAAAAAAGAAUAGUCCCCACUUCCUCAGGCUGUUGUGAGAAUCAAAUGAAAACAGAUAUGGAAAGACACUUAUAGAGUGUCUGGCACAUAGAAAGGUGUCAGUGAGUGUUAUUUUAUUUCCAUUAUUAUUAUUAUCACCUAGAUCCAAAUUCUUUUUUUGUGUAUGUAACUGGGUAAACUAGAAGACGUAGUUGGGAAUAUCAAAGGAUAACAAAGAUUACUGAAGUAGCUGAGGAUCAAGACCACUUUCUCAUGUAAUUCUCCCUACAUAUCCAUUUUAAGGAGAAAUUAUUGGGGUGAGAGGAAAUCAGAAAACAUGUACACAAAUUAAUAAGGUACAAAAGAGUUCUGACAUAAAGGUUAUGCUUGGUGCUUUGCUUUAUAAAGCUACCUUGAUGUCUGACAUGGCAGAGGAGCUCGAUAAGCACUUUCUGAACUAAACUGCACUGAUAUGAUACUAUUUCUCAGGCAGCCUUUCAGUGAGGCCCUUUGGGUCCUUUCACAACAGAAUUUUCUUAAUUGGGAAGCAAAUGAACUCUGCCCUGCACCACAUUCCACUGUAUGGUGAGUGGAAUUAUAGCAUGGGCCCAGGGGGUUGUUAUUAUUACUAUGAAUAACAACCUUUAUGGAGAACCAGAGAUCUGUUAGAUACUGUCCAGAACAUGUGUCGUUGUCCAGAAUUAGACUCAGACUCUGUGGAGUGGUCUUGUCAUCUAAUUUUGACAAGCUUGGAUAAGUUCCCCAGUACUAUGAGGGGAGGAGGCAGUGAGAGAGUAGUCCAUAGUGAUGGAAUUUCUGCUUGAGACACAUUCAUUCCUGCUGAGAGAACGGCUCUGUCACAGGUAGAAGAAACACUCAGUGGCUUCCAUCUCCCUGGUGUUCUGGUCACCAUCGUCAUUGGGCAGGUGUCCCUAUGCCAGCUUCCCAGGCAGGCCCCUCCACUGACAUGCAGCAUGGCCCCAACGUGUUGCUUGGCCUCUGUGUGCAUUCUCAUCCUUUUCUUCAGCAACUGGUAAAUAAUUGCCUUGAUCAAUUUGGCAUUAGGUGUUUUGAGAGACCUAAAUGCUAUCAAUUCAUCCAUCGUUGUUUUUAUAAAGUACAUACCACACUGUGCAGGGUGUGGUAUUGAGCACUAAGGGGUCUGGGGUGGAGGGAAUUUCAGGAGGAUAAUACAAUGAUGAACAGAAAAGCAGUUUGUCUUCAAAGAGCUCAGGGUUGAGUGGGAGAGAGAAUACAUGGCCUGUAGAGCAACUAAUUCUCAGGUGUGUGAGACCUCCAAGGCUUUACGGUUCAGCCCAAGGCCUAGCUGCUGACUUGGGGGACACAGAAAUUAUUGUAAAAUACUAUAUUAGAAAGGCUAUUAUGUGUGACUCCACAGGACAGAACUGGAAUCAAGAGAAAGAAGAGAAUUUUCAAGGCAUCCCUAUGGUAGCGCCUCACUCACUAGCAAUAUGCCUUCUUAAGCAGGAGAGACGAGGGUGCAGUCACAGCAAGUGUGCUGGGAGGUACCUGUCAUCUGCAGCCUACCUAGUUGAUGCUGCAGCCACUACUAAAAGACUGCUACAAGCAUGGACAUUACUAAUUGUGCAGUCCUUUACAUCCCCAACCCCAUUUGGAGGCUUCAGAUUAGGCCCUCAGGAGCAAAUAAUGGACUAAGCAUGGCCUAUCAUGUGGGUUGAGAAUGACUCCAAACUCCUAGGCAUGGCUGUUAAAGCCCUCCACAAUCUGCUCCUGCCUGCUAUGCAGACUCUCCUUCCAUGCUCUGCUCAUUGUACUCUAAAACCAUGCUGGUUUUCAUUUCAAUGAAUUUGUUCAUGCAGUCUUGCCUUUGUCUGAAAUCCCCUCAUCUCUUCUGCAACUCCUCCACCCACUCCACACCCCUACAGACAUCACAUACCCCUAACUCCUACACCAGAGUUAUCUCCACUGGGAAGUCCUCUCGAAGGUCUAAGAAUUGAUGAGCUCCACUCUUGGAGGGGAGAUGGAAUGAAACUUUCUGGCAUGCACCAGACUUGAACAGAAACUCUGGAAUGAAGCCCUGGUUCUUCCCCCAUUAAUUGUUUAUUUGAACGAAUCACUUUUAUAUGUUUCCUCCUCUGCAAAACACAGGCAAUAACAAUCACCCCACAGAGUGGUUAUGAGGAUUCAUUCAUUCAACAAUAAAAAUUGAAUGUCUAUAACAUUCUGAAGGUAUUCGGUCUUGAACAGAACAAAUAUGAUCCUGCUCUCUUGGAACCAACAAGAGAAUGUAGAAGCACAUUUUGAACAGUGGAAUUCCUUGGACAGCAGUGAAGGAGUCAGCAGUCAAGCCUCUUGGCAGACUAGACCAAAGGGUCACAUUCUUUGCCUGGAACUAUUUUUAUACUUCCUUGGGGACUUGCAAGGAAUGAGUGACAGAGUGAGAAGAUCAAGGGAGAAGUCUUCAGGGACUGAGUGUGGAAAACUUGCCCCAAAUCCUGGAAGAAUAUGACAUUUGUUUCUUUUUUUUUCUAUUUCCAUUUUCCUCUCAUUUCCUCCCCUUCUGCUCUUGCUCCCAUUUCUUUUCUCCUUUGUAAUGCACCUUUCUCUACUUUCUACUUUCUCUUUUUCCCUCCUUCUUGUACUCUCAUCCUUCCCCACCGCUCUUGUUGCUAGUAAUGGCUACCUUUUAUUCAGUUCUUAUUUGCUGAACACUGUGUUAAGUGCUUUGCACGCAUCAUCUCAUAGCACUCUAUGAGUUAAUAGUAUGUCCAUUUUGCAGGUGAGGAAAGUGGAACACAGAUUGAAUCAUUUAUCUAAGCCCAGCAGAUGGUAAUAGAAAUUUGUCAAACCUCAGUAAGCUAACUCCUGCAUCUGUCUUUUCUUAACCCUACAUGGUCUUUUUCUCCAUUUCCAACUCUCCCUUGUCUUUCCCUUUUCUUCUCUUCUUUUUAUGCCUCCCCUUCUCUCCCUCCCUCUUUUUCUCAGACAUUUACCAUAGUUCAGUCACUGCACGUGUGUGGCUGACCCUGAAGGUGCUGAACACUGUACAUGUGCCCAGAAGAGAGGACAGACAAUUCAAACUCCUAUCUAAUCAGCCAUUUUCCUUUUGAGCACAUGCUUCACAAUUUUCCACAUUUGGAGGCUGAAAGAGGGGGCGCUUCGCCACCUAAGGACAUGGGGCAGAUGUCUGAUCACAAAUGACAGGAAAGGCCUCAAGACCUGGAUGGGUCUUUGAUAUAGAGAGGAGCAGAGAUAAGAUGCUUUCCGCUCACUCAGGAACUCCCUCAUUCCCAGGGACACUGUAUACUCUCAAGUUUGGGGACCUGGGGUCUGAGAGAAUACAGGGCCAGGAGGUUGGUCCCUGUCAAGGCAACAAUCAACUCAAGAGCUGAGGAAGCCUGGACUAUGAAAUGCACCACCCUGACCCCAUCUUUCCCCAUAAGCAUGAAGAAUGUUCAGACAGAAACCAGGAGCACGUUGGCAGCAAAGAUAUGACGGUCAAAGUUUGAAUUUGACAAACCUCUAAGGACCCACCCAAAUCUGAGGUUUAUGAUUCUAAGAAAGGAAUAUUUAUGCUCCAUUCCCUCCGAGACGUUUGUCAUCCUGUUGGUUAGGAAUGGUUAGAGGCUUAAACUGUAAGAACAUUCGUUAUUCACUAAGUAAGAAUUCUGGAGGUAGGGAGCCUCAAGAGUUGCUUCAGAGGCCUCAGGGCACUGGUUGACAUUUCUGAGAUUCUCUGGACAGCUUUAGACAUCUUGGUUCAUACAACUCUGUCCACAGGCAGGAAGCGGUGGGGCUAAGUGAGGCUCACUCCUAUUCACCGGGGGAUGGGAGCACUGUGAGUAGUCUCCCUCCUGUUCACCAGGGGAUGGGAGCACUGUGAGUGAGGUUCCCUCUUGUUCACAGGGGGAUGGGAGCACUGUGAGUGAGGCUCUCUCCAUUUACUGGGGGGUAGAAAAACCUUUUCUGGAGCAUUCCCUCUACUUUAGAUUCUCCCCAUACCUCACCUACCAGAACUAACUGCAGAGGAGAUUAAGAAAGUGAUACCUGGCUUUUUCACCCUGCCAAUGGGAGGCAGGCAAGAAACAGGGAAUUGGUUUUCUAUUGGGUAGGAAACAACAGUGCCUGUCAGCCCCUCCUUCAUUCACUCAACUAAGAUGUAUUAAACACCUACUCUGGGCCAGGCUCUGGUGAUACAGAAGAAAAGACAGUCUCCAUUUUCAAACAGUCCCUCCUGGGAGAACACAGACAGGCAGAGGAUUACAACACAAGGCUGCAAGCACUGGGAGACGAAAGUUUUGGCAUCUGUUCCCUGGCUGUGCCAAGAUGGGCGAUUGGAGCUUCCUGGGAAAUUUCCUGGAGGAAGUACACAAGCACUCGACCGUGGUAGGCAAGGUCUGGCUCACUGUCCUCUUCAUAUUCCGUAUGCUCGUGCUGGGCACAGCUGCUGAGUCUUCCUGGGGGGAUGAGCAGGCUGAUUUCCGGUGUGAUACGAUUCAGCCUGGCUGCCAGAAUGUCUGCUACGACCAGGCUUUCCCCAUCUCCCACAUUCGCUACUGGGUGCUGCAGAUCAUCUUCGUCUCCACGCCCUCUCUGGUGUACAUGGGCCACGCCAUGCACACUGUGCGCAUGCAGGAGAAGCGCAAGCUACGGGAGGCCGAGAGGGCCAAAGAGGUCCGGGGCUCUGGCUCUUACGAGUACCCGGUGGCAGAGAAGGCAGAACUGUCCUGCUGGGAGGAAGGGAAUGGAAGGAUUGCCCUCCAGGGCACUCUGCUCAACACCUAUGUGUGCAGCAUCCUGAUCCGCACCACCAUGGAGGUGGGCUUCAUUGUGGGCCAGUACUUCAUCUACGGAAUCUUCCUGACCACCCUGCACGUCUGCCGCAGGAGUCCCUGUCCCCACCCGGUCAACUGUUACGUAUCCCGGCCCACAGAGAAGAAUGUCUUCAUUGUCUUUAUGCUGGCUGUGGCUGCACUGUCCCUCCUCCUUAGCCUGGCUGAACUCUACCACCUGGGCUGGAAGAAGAUCAGACAGCGAUUUGUCAAACCGCGGCAGCACAUGGCUAAGUGCCAGCUUUCUGGCCCCUCUGUGGGCAUAGUCCAGAGCUGCACACCACCCCCCGACUUUAAUCAGUGCCUGGAGAAUGGCCCUGGGGGAAAAUUCUUCAAUCCCUUCAGCAAUAAUAUGGCCUCCCAACAAAACACAGACAACCUAGCCACUGAGCAAGUACGAGGUCAGGAGCAGACUCCUGGGGAAGGUUUCAUCCAGGUUCGUUAUGGCCAGAAGCCUGAGGUGCCCAAUGGAGCCUCACCAGGUCACCACCUUCCCCAUGGCUAUCAUAGUGACAAGCGACGUCUUAGUAAGGCCAGCAGCAAGGCAAGGUCAGAUGACCUAUCAGUGUGACGCUCCUUUAUGGGAGGAUCAGGACCAGGACCAGGUGGGAACAAAGGAGGCUCAGAGAGGAAAGACGUGUCCCUUCUGAACUGAUGCUUUCUCACUGUCAUCACUGCUUGGCUCCUUUGAGCCCCGGGUCUCAAUGACGUUGCUCAUUAAUUCUAGAAACUAUAACCAGGGCUCUGGGAUAGUAAGAGAGGUGACAACCCACCCAGACUGCAGUUCCCUCCCCACCCUCUACCCAGUAUACGAAGCCUUUCAGAUUACUCAUGAAACAGGGUAGAGGGAAAGAAGGGAAGCAUGGCAAAAGCUGGCCUGGAAGGGAUAGCCAGAGGGAUAGAAUGACUCUCUCUCUACAUACCAGCAGCAUACCAAAUGCGUUCUCUAAGUUCCUACCUCCUUGACCUGAUCACCCUCCCUCCUCCAAGGAAGAGCUCAAAGUUCCCAGCCAAUAGACAGCAUGAAUCAAGGAACUUGCAUUAUAUGUGCUCUUGAAUCUGUUGUCUCCAUGGACCAUUCCUCGGAGUAGUGGUGAGAUGGCCUUGGGUUGCCCUUGGCUUCUCCUCCCUCUACUCAGCCUUAAAAAGGGCUUCUUGGAACUUUACCAGCAGCCUCAACUUUACAAAUGCCUUGGUAUGUACCUCUGGCAAAUGCCCCACCUUUCCUUCUGCUAGGGUGUACACCUAGCCUGUGCAGGUGUCAGCUCUGCUAGGGAGUCACUGUACACACAAACUCUACUGGAAUUCCUGCCAACAUCUGUCACCCUGCAGCUCCUUUACAGUUCAAUCCAAUGAUAGAAACCAUCCCUUCCCUUUCUCCCUUGGCUGUUCACCCAGCUAUUCCCUGAAGGCCUUAUCAACAGGAAUAUCCAAGAAGCUGUUGUCCUCUCUCGAACCCUGACCAGAUCAUCAGCCACUGAGGCCAGUGGAAUUUCCCCAGGCCUUGUUAAAACAAAGAAAGCAUUGUACUUCUCGGAUUCCCCUUGUGGAAAAAAAAAUUCUGCUGUGAAGAUGAAAAUUAAAAUGGAGAGAAAACACUGGAAAACUAUUUUCCCCUCCUAUUUACUUCCUUUGCUGACUGCCAACUUAGUGCCAAGAGGAGGUGUGAUGACAGCUAUGGAGGCCCCCAGAUCUCUCUCUCCUGGAGGCUUUAGCAGGGGCAUGGAAAUAGUAGGGGAAUCUCCAGCUCUCUUGGCAGCGCCUUUAUUUAAAGAGCACAGAGAUUCCUGUGUCUCCCUAGUGCCCCUAAUGAGACUGCCAAGUGGGGGCUGUAGAAAUCCUUGCCUUCCCCAGGGACUGGCCUGGUUUCUGUAUUCACUGGAUCCAUAAUGGGUUGCUGUUGUUUUGGAUGAAGGUAAACGUUGCUUGGAAUUGGAUACUGAGACUUAUAGAGAGAUAAUUACAUUAUUAAAAUGCACGUGUGUGUGUGUGUGGGGGUGCUGAUAGAAUGGGUAAAGGCUAGGGGAGUCCUGAAAUAAGGAAAGGAAACCACAGAGAAACUUGUGUCUUCCUGCUCUCCUCUCCAGCUGCCUGGCAGUUAUUAACCUAAACAGAUAGGCACAAGAGGUUGGGACAGAGGAGGGUAAAGGCUCAGAAGGAGGUUUAACCUCUGACUCACCUGCCCAUCUCUGGGCCCUCAGCUGACACUCGGAUGCUAUUGUUGGGUGGAAAGAAAAAUGAGAGUGGAGAGGUGGAGGAAAGUGACUAGGAUGCCAUUUAGGAAGGAAUGUCUGAUCAUCCCGGGUCCCUGGAGGGGACACAUUUUAAUCUAUUGCCUAGCAUUAAUAUUUUCUCUCCUUCUAUCUCUGAAAUGUUUUAUGAAAUGAGUGUUCUUGAAUUAGAAAUUCUGUGGGAUCAAUCUUUGAUGGUGAGGGUUUUAGAAAGGAAAAAUAUGGUAAAAUGUGUAAUUUGUCUUAAUAAAAUCUAUCUCUACAUCUA